GUCUGAUUCACAAUUCAUGUGACGCAAAUUGAUGACCAGUGCCAGGUCAACCUUGAUAUAAACUCAAGUUAGUCUUCUCAAGCAGUUGAUUCAUGUUCUAAGUUUCAUUCAGCUUAUUCAACUGUCAACUUUACAAGCCUUCAGCGCCGCUCACCGGUGAAAACGUGGCGAUGGCAACUUCUGCAAGCGAAAAUCGCGACUUGAACAAACAAGUCUCCACAUCAACUGAACUCGAGCAAUGGACUACAGCCAGGGUCGGAUCUCCCGAAAUCCUAUCACGUUGCGCUUCGCUUAGCCCUCGAAGGUCGAGCCCACCUCAGCAACGAUUCCGGGAUGAAGAUGUUCGCGAGGCCCAACAAGACAGGCAAAGUCACAGGUCCGUCCUUUACCUAUGGAUUUGGGAGAUUCUAUCCCUCGUCCUUGCCAUAUGUCUCUUGGCCGUGACCAUUACGAUUAUCCUCAGCCAAGAUGACCACCCCCUCAGAGACUGGCCCUUGGACCGGAUCAUAACCCUAAAUUCUCUCGUCAAUCUACUUUCCACCAUAUUUCGAGGAAUUCUAGUAUCUAUUGCAACCGAGCUCAUUGCACAAGCGAAAUGGACGUGGUUCUGGUGCGACAAAUCUUCCCAACGCCGGAUGGGCAACCUACAGCAUUUCGAUGACGGUACUCGUGGCGUUUGGGGGGCGCUGAAGUUAAUGAGAAUUGUCACUUGGCGCAGCCCAUCGAUCCUCGUCGCUGUGGUUGUACUCGUGUCGUCCUUUGCGAUUGGGCCCUUCGUUCAGCAAUCCAUUGGGCAUGUCGACAAAAACGAAACUCUCGGCCUCGGCACUGGAAUAAUCCCAGUGACGCGACAUGUUGACGGCCUGAACACCAAAAUACUUACGGGUGACAACGAAGGCAUGGCUUUGAGGUCAGACAUCAAGGGUGCAAUUCAGACCCUCGCCUUGAGCCGCAACGGUACUGGUUCGGUUAUUGUGCCGACCUGUCCAACAGGAAACUGUACUUUCAUCGGUCUUGGCUCAAACACCUCCGUCAAAGCUGGGUUCGACGUUACUCAUGCUUCCGCCGGCAUUUGCAAUAUCUGCACUGAUAUUGGAGAAAUUAUCGAUCAUCGGGGCUUGAUCGACAAUCUUCAGGCCAUUAAUUAUAGUUUGGCAAACGGAAUUUCAAUCAUCAAUACGGGCAGAGAAGGAGGGAUGAGGGUUAUAUCAGGCGAUCUGUCGUGGACCAAUGGUAUAAUACCGCUAGAGACGCUUGAACGGGCUUCGGUCUCAUUUGCGAAUGUCACUGUCUUGACGAGCACGGUACUUGACGGCAACAUCAAUCAAAACAAACCCAAACACGCCAUAGCCGUCACUUGCUCGCUUUACCCUUGUAUUCGGACAUACUCGGCAAUCAUCAGUCGAGGAGUGCUAUCCGAGACUCCCAUUACGGAGACCCCGAUGAGUUACGAUAUUCGCGAUAAGAAGUCUCCAGGGCCCAGACAAGCUUGGAAUCUAUCUGCAGUACAGCUGCCUUGCCUCAUCAAAGGGAAGGUAUAUACCGAAGAAAACCUUUCACAAGGCACAGAACUCUCCACGGCUCCCGAAGAGUGUAUCUACCGCACUGAAAACAGUUUCAAGCUCCUGAUGUCACAGUAUUUCUCAGAAGAACUCUUCAAUGGCACUUGCAGUUGGGACUCCACACAGCCGAACUCGAUCAACUGUGGGAGUGCCAUCUGGCUUUCAAGGCUCUGGUCAAACGGAGAAUCGACACCUGCCAGCCUAAAGCAACAAUUUACGGAGUUUGCGACUGCUUUGACCAAUCAAAUGAGAUUCGGCAUGGGAAGAAAGGACGGCACCACAUCGGUAGUCAACGGCGAAUCCCUUCAACUCGUCACUUUCAUAGCCGUCAAACCAUAUUGGCUCAUCUUCCCUGCCAUACUGCUCAUCCUUGAAGUCGUAGCCCUUUCAUGGAUGAUAAGUCUAACAGUUGUUUACCGAGAAGAAUUAGCUGUAUGGAAGGGCAGUAUACUGCCGCUUCUGUUCUACAGAGAUUUCUUUUGGAGAAAUGCCGAUCGUGACAGCGCCUCGAAGAGGCUCUUAACAACAGAGGAGAUGGAGGAGCAGGCGGAUCAGAUCAGGGCCAACUUCUCUCGAAAUAUUUAGAAUAAUUGAGAUUCUCAACACUCAUUACUAUGCUUCUUAGACGCGAUUCGGGAGUAAGCGAGCAGCUGGUACCGAUGACUAGCGACAUGCAGCAUGGGGCGUUCAGGGUUUGACCUUCUGGCCAUAAGUCCAAUAAACCAAGUGUAGAGCAAUACAAUUUGCAUGUUUCCGUACAUCAUAUCAGCAUUUAUAAUUGAGCA